CGUCGAUUAAACAUAGCACUGCUCUUCAUGUCUUGCCGCCCUCCCAGAAAGGCAGUACGUCACGUGCCAAUAUGGCCAAGAGCAGCAAAGAAGCCGUCGUCAUUCACGACCAGACCAACCUCCUGACUGGGAGCAAGCUCAUCAUCGUCUUUUGUGCCCUGGCAUCUGCUCUGCUCAUCACCUACAUCGACCAGAACUCCAUCGGUGUCGCGCUGCCUACCAUCGGCCGCGAGCUCAACAGUGCUUCCACCAUUGUCUGGGCCGGCACUUCGUCCUUGAUUGCGAACACGGCAUUUCAGGUCCUUUAUGGCCGCCUAUCUGACAUUCUUGGCCGCAAGGUCAUUCUCAUCACCUGCCUCUGCAUGCUGGGGCUAGCAGACUUGCUGUGCGGUUUCGCUCAGUCUGGCCCCCAGCUCUAUGCUUUUCGAGGCAUCUCUGGUCUUGCCAAUGGCGGCAUCAUGGCCCUGGUCAUGAUGGUGGUCUCGGACAUUACAACUCUUGAGCAACGCGGAAAAUAUCAAGGAAUCCUCGGGUCCUGCGUCGGUCUUGGCAAUACGAUCGGGCCCUUUCUGGCCGCAGCCUUCACGACACAUGUCACAUGGAGAGCGACCUUUUGGCUAAUCACGCCUUUGACGCUGUGUGUGGCCGUCCUGCUCUAUUUCCUCCUCCCGCCGCAGACGAUCCCUCCCGAGCCGCUGUCGACGAAAUUGGCCAAGAUCGAUUGGAUCGGAGGAAUCACAAGUUCCAUCGGGACGAUCCUGCUCCUGAUCCCCAUAUCUGGCCUGGGCACACAAUUUUCAACGUCCAGCCCCAUGGUCAUCGCCAUGAUCACUCUUGGCGCCUUCUUUCUUCUGCUCUUCGUCCUGCACGAGUAUCGAUUUGCCAAGCUGCCCAUGCUACCACUCCGCCUCUUCAACAACCCCGCACUGGCAGCAAUGUUGACGCAGAACUUCCUCAUCGGCAUCGUCUUCCAGAGCCUGCUGUACUACCUGCCAAUAUACUUCCAGAGCGCGUUGCGAAUGAAUCUGGUCACCUCGGCAGCCCUGAUCCUCCCGACGGUCAUCCCUCAGGCCGUUGCCUCCGCGUUGUCAGGGCAGUACAUUUCCCGUAUGAAGCGCUAUGGCGAGGUCAUCUGGCUCGGCUACAUAUGCUGGACGAUUGGAUCUAGCCUGCACUGCAUCUUUGACCGUAGCACAGCAAUAGUGGCAAUGGUCUUUAUCCUCGGGGUCGAGGGCUGGGGCAUUGGCUGUGUCUUCCAGCCGACUCUCGUUGCCGCACAGGCUCAUUCACCCAAGCAGGACCGUGCCGUCGUCAUCGCUGCGCGCAACUUCAUCCGGGCCCUUGGCGGCUCUGCCGGCCUGGCGAUAUCCUCUGCAAUCUACUCGAAUGCACUGAUCGGCACGCUUUCAGGCGCCCCUGAUAUCCCGCAGAGUUUUGUUGACAAGGUCCGGCAUUCAGUGUUCGAGGUACCCGAUCUUGACGGGCUAGGCGAGGCGCAACAAAAUGUUGUGCUGAAUAGUUAUGUCUUUGCGGCCAGGUCGAUUUUCUAUCUCUGGGCGGGAGCAAUGGCGAUCUGCUUAAUGUUGAUGCUAUUCAUCAAGGACAAAGGAUUGACUCGCCAGGAAGAACAGAAGCCGCUUUCAGAAUCUGCCACGUCUACAGAUGCAGCAGUAGGCGCUGCAGUCGUGGAGGGUGACGGGAAGGACAAAGGGUCGGCGGUAUAACACACGAAUAGAUGUAGCAUUAGGUUGGCGGGAAAAGGCAUAAAAGCAAGCAUUUGAUUUCGAUUAAACCAGCUUCCUGAAUGAAGUGAUC